CCGUUGGUUGCUUCCGCAGCCGUGUAACCCAUAGAGAUCUCUAUGGUGUAACCGCGAUCUUACGCAGUGCUUAAGAAAAUUGCCGAAAAUAGUGCUGUAAAACCUAGAAAUAAACUAAUUGUUUGCUCCUCAGUUUGUAUAAUUAGCCAUAUUCAAGAAUAUAAACAUGUCACACCUCAAUAUUGAUGCAGUUGAAGAAGAUGCCACAGAAUUACAAUUCCCAAAAGACUGGAUGACAAGUAUUGAACAUUGUAAGCAGCUUGACAUAUCAGUUGAGAGAAAGAAAAUAUUUACGUCAGAUGUAUUUUGUAUUACUUGUGAAAAUUUAGUUUCUGAACCUUACGUUCGUUGCACAACUUGUGCUGUUACAACUCUAUGCAUUUCAUGUUUUGCCAAGGGACGUGAAACUGUACACCAUAAAAAUUAUCAUACUUAUACAAUUAUUGAAAAUAGUUUUUCAAUGAUUGGCUCCUCCAACUGGAGUGCUAGAGAAGAAGAAAGUCUCACAAAACUUAUACAAGAAUGUGGAUUUGGGAAUUGGAUGGAUAUAUCACUUAGACUAACAGGGAGGUCUUCUGAUGAUUGUAAAAAGCAUUAUCUACAGUGUUACAUUGAUAACCAGUCUUUACCGAAUCUACCUGUAUUAAAAGAUACUGUAACUUAUCGUUAUGGUAUGGAACCAGUAUUUUACCUGUUUAAAGUAGAAGAAACAGAAAAUCCACCAAGAUAUGCUACAGAGUGUUUAAAUUACAAAUUAAUGUCUGGCUAUCAUGCUGCUAGGUCAGAUUUUGAGUAUGACUUUGAUAACCAUGCUGAACACCUUAUUCCUCACGUACAGUAUAAAAAUUUUUCUUACUAUUCGCAUGAUAAAUUAGCUCAAAACCUACAAAUAUCUUUAGUUGAAGCUUACAACACAAAACUAAGGGAACGAGAAAGAAGAAAAAAAAUUAUUAAAGAACAUGGUCUUAUUUCAUUACAAAAAACAACGUCAACUUUACAUCGAUCUGUUACUAAAUUACUCAUUGAGAGAUUUAGUAUAUUUACACAAAUAUUAAAUGGAAUUCAAUUUGAUUAUAUUGUUGAUUGCAUAAAUCAAAUUGGUGAAGUACGUGCUUAUUUACAGAAACUAUUUUACUAUAGAAGGAAUGGAAUUAAAUGUUUUAGUUGUAUUUUGUUGUUUGAAGAACUUUCUGAGUUACAAAAUGAAUUUUAUGCAGAGAAAAAAAAAAUUAGCCUUUCACAGUUUAAAUUGAAGAAUGCAGUUCCAGAAGCUGGGUACAACUGUUAUAAAGAUAAUUUCUCACGUCGCAAAAAAGCUUCACCAAUUAAAGUAUAUGGAUUGCUUGGCUACAACAAGUUAUCAUCAAAUGAAAAAAAUCUUUGCUCAGUAAUUAGAGUUGUUCCUGAAGCAUACAUUAACUAUAAACUCCUACUGAUGAAUGAAAAUAAAAAAUGUGGUUUUGUAAAAUUAGCUGAAGCAAGGCAAUUAUUGAAAAUUGAUGUAAAUAAAACUAAAAAAAUCCAUGAAUUACUUGUAAAAGAAGGAUAUAUUAAAGGUUUUUAA